ACACUGAAAAGUGAGUUUCGCUUCCGCAAUUAUUCAUAUUUGAAUUUUUGUAUAAUUCUACAGUCUUGUAAAUAAUUGUUUUUUAUCUAACUCUGACUUGCAUACUAAAAUGCUGGAACCUGUGAUGCAUAUUCUCAAACAAAAAAAUAUUAUUCUGGCAAGUGGGUCUCCCAGGCGAAAAGAACUCAUUGAAAACAUUGGUCUUAAAGUCAGUUUGUGUCCAUCACUUUUUGAGGAAAAUUUGGACCCGAAAAGCUUUGCCACUUUUUCAGAGUUUGUUGAGGAAACGGCCUUGCAGAAAGUGCUUGAAGUUGACGAUAGACUAAAAAAUCAGUCCCACAAACCUGAUGUCGUUAUCGGCGCCGAUACAAUGGUCACCUUAGAUGGUGAAUUGUUUGGUAAACCAACAACAGAGUUAGAUGCAUUUCAGAUGUUAAGAAGACUGUCAGGUAGAACACACACUGUUUACACUGGAGUUGUUGUGAAGUCAUUUGAUGAAAUAGUUAAGUUUACAGAAAAGACAAAUGUUGUGUUUGGAGAAAUGGAUGAUGAGCAGAUCCGAGGCUACAUUGCUACUGGUGAACCCAUGGACAAAGCAGGUGGUUACGGAAUACAAGGAGUUGGUGGAACAUUUGUUGAGAGAGUAGAAGGUGAUUAUUUUACAGUUGUGGGAUUGCCACUGUAUAGAUUAUGCUCAGUUUUGUACAAUAUGUUCAAACAUCAGAAAUAAAUAAAUAUAAUUAAACCAAUAGUGGUACAACUCAUAAAACUAGUCAGAAAGAUUCAAACAUUCCUUGUUACUGAACUCUGUCACUAGAUGGUGUUGUUAUAUUAUAUAUUAUCAUAUAUUAGUCAUGUUAAUAAAGUGUUUUAAGAAUAGUAUGAUGUAAUAUAGUAGUAAUAGCAUAACUGGUGAAGCUGUAAAUUACUACUGGGAGCACAAUUCAGUUACAAAAAAGGCAUAACCAAAGGAAGUCAUCACCAAAGCCGAAUUAUCCUAGUUCCUAUUAAUGGUAACCAUAGCCAUAGUUCAAAUGAUAUUUACAAUACAAUGUGAUGCUGCCAAGCUUUCCUAAAAUAUACUUAGAAUUGUACAGAA